AUGACGGAAUGCACAACUCUUGGGGCAGUAGCCAUGACUCCUCUACUAACAAAGAUACGUCCCUGUGGAUGCUGCCAAACUGUCAAUCAGAACCAUGCAGGUUGUUGUUGCUCCAAUUUGUUAGGUUCUUAUAUGCAGAGUGCAUUUCCUGCAGUGGUUAAAAUUGUGAUACCUUUUGCACCACUUUUUGCUGUUCUAGCUGCAUCACUGCUUGCAUGCAGUGUAUUCUCUGAGAAUGUUGUCCGUCUUAAAGCUUCAAUGGUUGUUGUAACAAUGCCGGAUGAUCUGUCUCUAAUGGCUCAUGCUCAAACAGUGUUGUUUGGAGAAGUUGGGGUGGUUAUUCUUUCUGUGCUGUUAGUACAUAUUGCUUGGUUUCUUUGUGGGGUUGGUAUGCAAAAUUCUUCUUUGGGUGUGGUUUUGGCCACUUCUCAUUUCACCUCGCCGAUGGUUGCAUUACCCGCAGCACUGCCUGCUGUGAUUAUGAAUAUAAUGGGAAGCAAUCUGGCAUUCUUUUGGAGAUAUGUAGAUCCUUCUGACUCCAAGGAGACUCCUACAGUUGAGGUUAAGUGA